UUGACGUUGGCGGAAGGAAGCGCCCAGCUUAGGGCGGUGACGUAGUGGAGCGCCGGGGCCUGGCCCCGGCCUGAGGCCGGCAGCAUGUGGGGAGCGGCCGAGGCGUUCCAGAUUUUCAGCCUUCGCAAGUCCUCUCGUUGAUGAUUUCUGCAAAGUAGGAUGAAUGCUCUGCCAGUGGUUGGUGCUUGAGUACAAUGUUUGGAUUAAUGGAAGUGCUUCAAAGAGCAUCAGAAGAAUUCUCUCCAAAGAUGGAGAUUCCUGAGGAGGAGAUGGAUACAACUGAUACCCAAUGGGGCUGGUUUUACUUGGCUGAAUGUGGCAAAUGGCAUAUGUUUCAGACUGAUUCAAACACUCAGUGUUCAGUUAGCAGUGAAGACAUUGAAAGGAGCUUCAAAAUGAACCCGGAAGGCUCUGUUUCUUUUACUACUGCAAAAUUUAACUACAAGUUAGACUUUUCAGUGAUGAAACAAACCAAUCUGACUACUGGAAAACAGCGUCCAAUAAAGCGAGCUCCCUUUUCUAUCAGUGCUUUCAGUUAUAUCUGUGAAAAUGAGGCUAUCCCAAUGCCUUCACACUGGGAGAAUGUAAAUACAGAGGAACCAUAUCAGCUUAUUCCUUUGCAAAAGCAAACAAAUGAAUAUAAUGAAGUUUCUAGUCUCUUUGGGAAAACAAUGGAUAGCAACCGAAUUAAAAGAAUUCAGAGAAUUCAGAAUCUAGACUUGUGGGAGUUUUUUUGCAGGAAAAAAUCUCAGCUAAAGAAGAGAAGAGGUGUCCCUACUAUUAAUGAACAAAUGUUAUUUCAUGGUACCAGCAAUGAAUUUGUAGAAGCAAUAUGCAUUCAUAACUUUGACUGGAGAAUAAAUGGUAUGCAUGCUGCUGUGUAUGGAAAAGGGACCUAUUUUGCAAGAGAUGCAUCGUACUCCAGUCGUUUCUGCAAAGACGAUAUGAAGCAUGGAGACACUUUUCAAAUCCAUGGUGUCAGUCUGCAACAUCAUGUGCUCAGAACGUAUAAAGUUAUGUUUCUUGCUCGUGUUUUAACUGGAGACUAUGUCAUUGGAGAUUCCAAAUACAUGAGACCUCCUUCAAAAGAUGGGAGCUUUGUGAACUUAUUCGACAGCUGCGUGGAUAGUACUUGGAAUCCAAAGAUCUUUGUUAUCUUUGAUACCAACCAAAUCUACCCUGAAUAUUUAAUAGAGUUCUGUUAAGUUUUGCAAGGAGCCAAACUGAAUAUUAGGUUGGUUGUGAUGGAUGGGCACUAUGUCUUUGUGAAGGAAAUAUAACUUACAAUUUUUUUUAAAUACAUUGUGGUGAACAGAGAUGGAGAUAUGAAAGAAAAUCUGGCUUACAUCUGGAAAAUCCUUUUGGCUUAAGAUGCAGAGUAUGGCCUGUUUUUACCAGGUAGAAUCUGAUUGGGGAGGAGAAGAGGGACCAGAAGAAAGAUCAGAGAGACCUAAACUCCUGAAGAAGGGGAAGUGAGGUGUUAAAUGAGUAAAAACACAGUGGCUCUCCCUCAUGAGACUGCCUCUUUGGAUCCCUGCUCUUGGAUUCUUGCCCUGUCACACAGACCUUAGAUAUACUCAAAGUUGUGUUAGUUUUCUGGCAUGGGAGGGAGCAUACUACUGCACGUGCACAGCUUGGCAUUAUGACCCAGCUAACAGAGACAUUUAUCCCCUCCUCCCUAAGUCCUUUUUCUGUGUCUGUUCAUGGAUUCUUGCAGUCACACCACGUGUUGGUUGUUUGUGGUGGUUGAAAUUUCUUGGAAACUUUUUUCCUCAACUUAUCUUCUUCAGCUGCUCAGGACAGGGACUGUGGCUUCCUUUGUGCUUGUACAGUACCUAGCACAAUGGGUCUCCUGAGUGGGAUUUCUGGGUGUUAUUGCAAUGAUAACCAGUGAUUGGUGCUACAGAACGGUAAACCUUCACUGAUCCACAAGCCUUGUAAUACACACAUGCAUGCACACACAAUAAGGCAACAUCUACACUGUGAGCUAGGGGUGUGAGUCCCCUGCUCAUGUACGCAUACUUGAGCUAGCGUGAGUAUAAAUAGUGUAGCUGUAAUAGCAUGGGUAGCAGCCAUGGAGGAAUGGCUAAGCCAUCCCGGUAUGAGUAUGUGUACACAAGCAGAGGGAAUCGCCCUUAGGUUGUAGUGAACCCUGCCGACUUCUCAUCAGAGAUUUACUAGCAAAUGCAGUAGGGUGUCCUCAGACUAAGUUCUCUUUAUUUUUAUAAAAUAUUCUACAAUACAUGUACUUGGACAUUAUGAAAUUAUAAGAAGUCAAAAUAAAAAAAAGUUGUACCCUUU